AUGUCGAACAGCACCAGCACCACGGCUCGCUUCGCCGGCAAUCCAUUCCAGACCAGGGACGACUUUGCCUCGUCGGCGCGCUUCCUGCUCGACUCGCUCGCUCCCUUCACCUCAAAGGGCGGCGCCAGGGUUAAGCUCGGAUCGACGGGGACCCACUACGACGAGGUCGCAGCACAGCUCGAGGGCUUCUCUCGACCGCUCUGGGCCCUCGUGCCCCUCAUCAAGGGCGGCCUCGCCGAUCAGCUCCAGGGCCAGGGCGCCCAAAGAUGGGUACAGGGCCUCAUCAACGGCACCGAUCCGGACAGCCCAGAGUACUGGGGCACCUGCCAGGACCGCGACCAGCGCAUGGUCGAGAUGUGCGCCAUUGGCUUCGCACUCGCCUACUGCCCCGAGACCUUCUACCACCCCCUCGAGCAGCGGCAAAAGGACAACAUCAACGCUUGGCUCGGCAGCCUCAACUCUCGCGAGAUGCCCGACACCAACUGGCGCUGGUUCCGCGUCAGCGCAAACCUGGGCCUGCGCACCGUCGGGGCGCCCGAGUACUCGGCCAGCCGGCUCGACGCCGACCUCGAGUUCAUGGAAUCGUUCUGCCUCGAGCGCGGCUGGUCGGCCGAUGGCCCCAAGAAGCCCCGCUCGGUCGUCGCCGGCGCCGAUGGGACCCGCACCGCGUUCCGCGGCGAGGACGUCACGGUGGUGCCCGACGGCCACAUGCAGUGCGACUACUACUCGACGGGCUUCGCGCUGCAGCUCGUGCCCCUCGUCUACGCCAAGCUGGCCGAGGAUUCGGACCCGCAGAGGGCCAAGGUGUUUGGGCAGAGGGCCCAGCAGUUCGCGAGCGACAUGGUGCCCUACUUUGACCCCGAGGGCCGGGCGAUCCCCUUCGGACGCAGCAUGACCUACCGCUUCGCCCAGGCCGGCUUCUGGGCCGCCGCCGCCUUCGCUGGCAUCGAGCUGCCGGCAUCGCUCAACUGGGGCAUCGUCAAGGGCCUCUUGCUGCGCCACCUGCGCUGGUGGAGCGCCCAGCCCAUCUUCAACGAGGGCGGCAUCCUCAGCAUCGGGUAUGCCUACUCGAACAACCAGUUCCUGACCGAGGACUACAACUCGCCCGGUUCGCCGUACUGGGCCUGCCUCUCUUACCUUCCGCUCGCAUUGCCGGCCGACCAUGCCUUUUGGACGGCCACCGAGGAGCCGCUGCCCAUCGCCUCGCUGCCCAAGCAGGUCUCGCUGCCCCACAUCGGCCACACGCUGCUGCGCGCGAGCAAGGGCCGAUUGCACCACACGUUCCUCCUCUCGGCGGGCCAGUCGCCGCACUACCCGAUGCGCGCCGGCUCGUCCAAGUACGCAAAGGACGCCUACUCGUCGGCGUUUGGCUACAGCGUGCCCACGGGCAUCUGGGGGCUGCAGCAGCUCGGCGCCGACAGCACGCUCGCCGUCUGCCUGGAUCCGCAGAGUGACCAGUGGACCGUCAAGCGCCAGAGCUUUGACGUUGAGGCGGGCCACGCGAGCGGGAGGAUGAAGUCGUCGUGGCGCGUCACCAACGGCGUCAGGUGCACCACGUUCCUCUAUCCGCCGUCGGCGCUUGGCGGCAGUGGCGAGAGUGGCGCAGAGGGACGGCACCGGUUCUGGUACCUGCGCGUGCACAAGCUCGAGCUCGUGCCCUCUGACAGCGCGGGCCGGGGCUACGAGGGUACGAUGCUGCUCAACGACGCGGCCUACGCGCUGCACGCCAACGAGGCCGAGGGAGAGCAGAGGCUGCUUCCCCUGGUGUCGUCGACGGACGCGAUCCGAGCAGAGUGCCGGUACGAGGCAGAGGGCGCGGCGCUGGCGAGCAGCAAGGCGGGCGUCGUCGGCAUCCUGGACCUGUCCGACCAGCUGCCCGCAUCGUCGUCGUCGGCGGCGUCGGGAGCCGAAGACCAGCAGCAAAAGCGACGACAAGAACGACGCCAGGGCGAGUGCGUCCGGGGCGACGCCAGCUCCAACAUCUGCACGCCUCGAUCCCUCUUUCCUUCGCUCCGAGCGGAAAUCAGCCUGCAGCGCGAGAGCGAGGGCAAGGGUGAGGGUGAGGGUGAGGGUGAGGGUGAGGGCAGGGUGCGCUGGCUGGCGAGCGCCAUCUUUGCCGUGCCGACGCCCGCCCACUCGGCGCGCGCCCUCGACGUCGAGCAGUGGUGGCACGAGUGGGCCGACCAGCCCGCUCUUCCCGACGACGUGCUCGAGUUGGUGGCUCGUGGGUGA